AUGCCGCCAUCAUCUCACACAGCUACGCAAUCCUCCCAUCGCCGCUUAACGGCCAGUGCAAGACAACGAGAGAAUAGGACACAGCAUACGCAGACCAGCAACAUGCGGAGGCGCAAGUCGCGUUCACCGGACGCGCGUAUACUAGAGGAAAUCCCAGCCGUCCUAAUGGCUGCUGAGUCGGGCAACCAGCGGAGGAAGAGGAAAAGCAUGUCUUCAUCUGCUCCAUCAAUCAAUGAACCCGUAACGCAGCCCUCCAUCGAGGAGGUCCUGCCAGAUCGAGGCCGUCGAGGCAAAGCGAAGGCUAGACCGCAGACAUCGUUUGUGGAGGAAGGGGACACUCGUAUUCUGAGAGAAUUCGCUGCGCCGAGCGGUAAUACCCGAAGCAAGAGGAAAGAGCGGUCAAAGUCUCGGGACAACCACCCUCGCGGUGUACGGACAACAACUCCGGAUCCGGGGGAGGACGUAGACGUCGGGACACCUGUGGCGACGUUUGAUAGCACAGAGUUCGCUCGUUUGAAGCGCGAGAUUGAGAGCCUUCGGAAGCAAAUGCACAUGUCCAAGAAGACGAUCCAUAAGCAGAGCAAAGUCAUUGAUGAGCUGCGAAUGGAAGUUGCCAACUCGACCAAAUGGGUCGAGAUUGUUCAGAAUUCUCGAAGGACCUCUGACAAAGUUUGUCUGUCGCCUUGUGGUCAUGUACUGUGCCAGACUUGUUUACAGGAAUGGUUCCGUUCUGCGCCUGUGGGCGAAGACGAGAUGUACGAUGAGGACGAACCCGACGCACUUAUCUACCGCAAGAAGACGUGCCCGUGCUGUCGUACGGCAGUCACCAACCGGCCCAUUCCUCUGUUCCUUGUGAAAUCCCUAACUUCGGCUUUGGAGAAGGCCAAAGCACAACCAGGUGCACCUCGCCGCUCGACGCCCCCACCAGACGACGAUCCCUGGGAGGGCAUCUUCGCAGACCCUGAGUCGCAAGACGAUUACUGGGCCAUGGACGAAGACGACGACGAUGAGGACGAGGACUUCGAUGACGAAGAAUACGAUGAGGACGACGACAACUGGUCCUUUGACGGAUACGGCACCGCCGAUGACCUGGAGCAUUACGAUGGCCCUUACGAGCGGCCACGUUGGGCGCCGCCUGUGAUGUACGCGUCAGCCGACGACUAUCCAUUCGACGGCAUUGACGCGCAUGACCUCCGCAUGCUCCGUCGUGGCGCUACGCUCCAGAUGAUCGACACGUUCCGAAUGUCGUACACGCACGAACACGGCCUGUGCGCGCGAGUCGAUGACCAUAGUACCGUCUACCUCGAUGAUUCAGGGGAGGGCUACAUCGAUUAUGUCACCUCGGACAUGCAUCAACGCCCUGAGCGGUGGGAGGUCAGAGAGGAGAGGAACGGCGGAUGGACUGCGUGGAUGCUGGUGCCUGAGGGCGAGAGCGACAACGACUACGAGACGACAGACUCGGAGAUGUGGGCGGCAGACCUUGAAGAAGACGAGGACUUCUAA